AUGAAGAAACUUCACGGAUGGAAGGGGCGCCAUUUGUCUUUUGGGGCCCGGUUGGUUUUGAUUAAAUCGGUCCUUUCUAGCAAACCGGUCCAUCUCUUCUCUCUGCUUAAAGCUCCCAAAGGUACCAUCAACAGACUUGAACAAAUCCAGAGGCAAUUUUUAUGGCAAGGGACGGGGGUCGAUCUUAAGAGGCCCUUAGUAAGAUGGGAGGUGUGUAAGGCCUCGAGGAGCAAUGGUGGCCUCGGUAUUAUUGAUCUGGCCAGCUUUAACAGUGCCUUGCUUUCCAAAUGGGCCUGGAGUUUUUCCGCUGAACGUGCUGGGUGGUGGAAGAGUCUCAUUUCUAUUAAAUACCCCAACUCCUUGUCCUCUUGGCUUCCUGGGCACAUCCAUGGCGGUUACUCGAAAUCAGUGUGGUCCAACAUAUGCAGAGAUUUUGAUAAAUUCUGGAAAUUUGCUUGCUUAGAUCCUGGUGGCGGAUCGGAUGUUUCCUUUUGGCACGACUAUUGGUGUCCCGGUAACACUCUCGCCUCUAGAUUCCCCCGUGUUGCUGCUGCCGCCUCACACCCUGCUGCCCGGAUCUCAGAACUGUACCGCUGCUCAGGUGAGAUUGUUGAGUGGUCUAUUCCUUUAAAUUUUUCUCUUCGGGGGGGUGCUGAGCGAGAGAGGAAUGAUCUCCUUAACUUCCUUAACUCUUCUGCUGCUAGUCGUGUCACUAAUGGUCCCGGUAGACUGGUUUGGCUUCCAAAUCCAGACUCUGGUUUCUCUGUGUCUUCUAUGUACAGGGCUCUGGCAGAUGAUCUUUUUCCUGGUGUUGCAAACUACCCGGUCGUGUCUAUCUGGAAGGCAAUUAUCCCGACCAAGGUGUGCUUCUUUCUAUGGACUUUGUCGCAUUCGAAGCUGCGCACGAUCGACAAAUUGAAGAGCUGGGGUCUUAACCUGGCAAACAGGUGUGAUCUUUGCAAAUGUCAAGAAGAGACCGCAGAUCAUCUAUUCGUGGAUUGCACUUUUGCCCGUGAAGUUUGGUUUGGCAUUUCAAGAGCCUGCCCUCUUGUGGAGCCGCCGUCUGGAGACAUCGUUACGGUUCUUCAUUCUUGGCCUUCGAGGGUUCCGGAUAAUGUGAACUCGUGGUUUUCCUUUGCUGCGCUUCACUCUGUAUGUUGGCACGUCUGGCGGGAGAGGAAUCAACGCAUUUUCAAUGAUUGCAGUAGCCCCGCCAGAGUUGUUUCCAGGAAUGCGUGUAAAGCGGUAAUAGAAUGGAUAUCGGCUCAUAGCAAGGUGGACAGGAAUAUCUGCUCUCAAUGGCUUAAUGAGAGGAUUCAGUGGAUCUGA